CGUAAGCAGUGCCACAUCAGCAGUGCCAUGUCAGCAGUGCCAUGUCACACAGUGACACGUCAGCUACAGUGACGCGUCAGCAGUGCCACGUCAGACACAGUGCCACAUAAGCAGUGCCAUGUCAGAAGUGCCACAUCAGCAGUGCCACGUCAGCAGCAUGACGGGCCUGCCAGGCCAACUGGCCAAUGAGCCCAUUGCCGACUACAAAAAGCGCUUCCAGGCUCAGCUCGCUCUAAUCGAGGCUGAGGAACAGCGCCAAUUGGCAGCCAAGGCUGCCCAGCUACAGGCUGAUGAAGCGGCAGCAGCAGAGAAGCUGCGGCUACAGGCCGAAGCAGACGCAGAUGCCCAGGCUCGCCGCAAGGAAGCCCAGGAUCUGCUGCAGCGGCAUGAAGCCACAAGCAUCGACAGACUCAAGUUCUGGCACUUUGAACCAAACGGCGACGAGGCAACACCGGAAGAGCAGCAUAAGGAGUUUCUCUCCAAACUCAUAACUCGGCUGUUGUACACUUGCAACUACCAACAGUCCGAGUUGGAGAAACAGUACCGGGACCUGACGCAACAGCAUAAGGAGUUGGCGACGCGCCGUCGCACAGUGCAGGGCCACGAGGAUGCAAUUCGGGCACUCAAUGCCCGAUUGUUGGACCUGGAACAGGCUGUACCAGGACCAGCUGCUGGGGCUUCCAGCAGUGCACCCUCUAGCCGCCAACUGGAGGAACGCGUUGACCACGUAGUGGCAAUGCGCGGCGACAUCAGCACCUUCGCUGCGCUGACCACCAUCAGCAGUCAGCUGCAUACCUUGAAGACCGAGGUCCAGCAGCUGCAGUCGACGAACGCGGAUGGCAAUCCGAAGAUGUACAAGAUGCCAACUUUCACCCUGGAGAAGUUCGACGACUACACGCAGCAGGAUCCGGUCCUCUGGUGGGAAGCAUUCACGACUCAACUCAGGAUUCUGCCCGUCGCUAAGCAUUCGUACAUCGGCGCCCUGUUCCUGAACUUGAAGGGCGGAUGCCGGACCUGGUUGACCCACCUGGCAACCUCCCACGGCGUAGACGUACCGGAUCUCAAGGACAAGAUCACAUGGGAAGAACUGACACGGCUGUGGAAGAAGCGGUUCAUCGUCGACGACGCGCCGACACUCGCCAUCAACCGUUUGUUCACCAUGUCACAGGGCAACACUGCAACACGGGAUUGGCUCACAAAGUGGCAGAAGAUUGCGGCAAUGCCCAAUCUGGACCUGCCUUUCACUCAUCUCAGACGCCGGAAAUGGACAGCCUCCAUGGGUCAAGUUCGGCUUGACCGAGGCGGAAUACAAGGUCCGCGGCCGCUACGACAACUACUAUUGGUGCAACAGCACCAAGCACAAGACCUCCCUGUGCCAGGAUCAGGGCGAGGAGGAUGUGCGACUCCGCCUCAACUCGGGAAACUAAGUUCCGCGGAAGGUGAGGCGACUCCACCUUCUACUCUGCCAGAUUCGGCCGCCUUGCUAGCGGCCUCCUGCGCAUCUGGGGAGAACGCGAAUGUCGCAAGUCCUCGCUACACUUACGAGGACUAUGCUGUCCACUUGGUUCCUCCGCUGGACCAACCGCUCCACGUGCAACAAUCCACCGCAUGCACGAUUUCAUCACCAUCGGCAACCGAUUCGGCAGCUUCGCCGCAAUCUAUCGCCGGGGAUUCGACGUCAUGGUCAAGACUUGAAGAGCUCGACCCGUUGACGUGCACGGACUUCCAGUGGAUGCUCGUUCCCUCGACCGGACGAUUGCCGAAACCGCAUUGCAACGUGCUCAUGGCACAAUUGCGGGAUUACUUGCACACUGCAGUACCAGCUCCGUUGAUGGACGCCGGAGGAGAGGUUGUCGACCUUCACGCUUACAUCGCGAAGAUUGACCGCGAGUUCAAGACGCAACGGUACGACGACAUCGACACACCAUUGCUAUACGUUCGCAUUCAGAUCGGAGAGGCGACCUGCAGUGCCUUGAUCGAUUGCGGAGCUACUCGCAACUACAUCAGCCAGGACUUCAUGGUGCGCGCCGGCCUUGGCCCACGCGUUCGGAGGAAGUCCCAGCCUACGCAAGUCACGUUGGCAGACGGUCAUACGUGCAAGUCAAUCGACAGGUGCAUUGAUGCCGUCCCCGUGUACUUUGCCCCUCACGCAAGUGAGGCGGUGUCCUUUGAUAUUCUGGACACCAAAUUUGACAUGAUCUUGGGCAUGUCAUGGCUGCGAAGCAAGGAUCACUUGGUGAACUUCUUCAAUCGCACCGUUCACGUUCGUGAUCGGAACGGAGUAUUAGUUCCAUGCACGGUGCCUCUUCCUCAUCCUUCCAUCAGCUGCCACGUGGUAUCCGCCGCAAGCAUGCGAGCUUCCAUCAUCAGAGACGACAUCGAGGAGAUGGGGGUGUGUUUUCUCCACGCCCUCCCGCCCCGAGACGCUUCAUCGACGGACUCAUCUUCGGAUCCACGCAUCACCGAACUUCUCGACGCCUACAGCGACGUGUUCGAAGGCCCGCAUGGCGUAGAACCGGAUCAGCCCAUCCGCGACGAGAUCAUCCUCGAGGACGGGGCCGUACCUCUGCGCAGUUGCAUCUACCGAAUGAGCGAGGAAGAGUUAAGUGUGCUUCGUGCACAACUCGACGACCUUCUAGAGAAAGGCUGGAUUCGGCCUAGCUCAUCGCCAUAYGGUGCUCCUGUUYUCUUCGUCCRGAAGAAGAACAAGGACMUGCGGUUGUGCAUCGAUUAUCGCAAGCUCAACRCGCAGACGAUYAGGAACGYCGGCCCUCUCCCACGCAUCGAYGACCUUCUCGAGCGAUUGGGCGGCGCCCAGUUCUUCUCUAAGCUGGAUCUCAAGUCAGGGUACCACCAACUUGAGAUUCGCAAGGAGGAUCGCUACAAGACCGCGUUCAAGACACAGUAUGGGCAUUUCGAAUGGCUGGUUAUGCCGUUUGGCCUUACGAAUGCCCCAACCACUUUCCAAGCGGCUAUGACAACGGAGUUCCGACACAUGUUGGAUCGGUUUGUACUCAUCUACCUUGAUGACAUCUUGGUGUACAGUCGGAGUUUGGACGAGCAUGUGGAACACGUGCGCACCGUUUUGGAGCGGCUACGACAGGCCAAGUACAAAGCAAACCGUGACAAGUGCGAGUUCGCACAGCAGGAGCUGGAGUACUUGGGCCACUAUGUGACGCCGAAAGGCAUUCGUCCGCUCGCGGACAAGAUCGAGGCCCUACGAGUGUGGCUCCAGCCCACCAACACCACGGACGUUCGUUCAUUCAUGGGGUUGGCAGGCUACUAUCAGCGAUUCAUCACCGGAUAUUCCAUGAUUGCUGCACCUAUGACGAGGUUACAGUCGCCAAAGGUGCCAUUCGUAUUCGAUGACGACGCACGCCGGUCAUUCCAAGCACUUAAAACGGCGAUGCUCAUGGCACCCGUCCUUAGCAUCUAUGACCCCACCUUGCCGACGAGAGUGACUACAGACGCUUCCGACUUUGGCAUUGGGGCAGUCUUGGAACAGCACAACGGCGACGACUGGCACCCUGUGAAGUACUUCAGCCACAAAGUGCCCCCCAUCAACUCGCUUGAUGAUGCAAGGAAGGAGUUACUCGCGUUCGUCAUGGCUCUCAAGCGAUGGCGACACUUCCUCCUUGGGCGUCNUCAUGGCUCUCAAGCGAUGGCGACACUUCCUCCUUGGGCGUCGUAGGUUCACAUGGGUGACGGACAACAAUCCAUUGACCUACUACAAGACGCAGGAUACGGUGAGCAGCACGAUCGGACGAUGGAUGUACUUCAUUGACCAGUUUGACUUCACACCGAAACAUCUUCCCGGCCUCUCAAAUCGCGCAGCAGAGGCACUCUCGCGAAGACCUGAUCUUUGCGCUAUGACUCAUCAUGCCUUCGCGUUCGACGAGGAGCUUCAGCGACACUUCAUCCGGGCAUACCAGUCUGAUCCGGACUUCGCCACGCUAUAUGCACAGCUAUCUUCGGAUCACCAGCCGACCAACCGUUACCGCAUUGCCGAC